AUGAACGAUCACACUAACCACCACCAGCGAAAGCGGUCUCGGUCCCCAUCGCCAUGGCGAAAUCCCCAAAGUCAAAGACAUUAUCGAGAACGAGAUGCGUUGUCAAGACGAGACGACGGGCGACAGCAGAGAUGGUCCCAUAAAGAUCAAAUGAGAAUCAAUCAGCUACAAGAAGACGAGCGUAUGAGGCAAUGGGUGGCCCAAGAAGAUGACUUUGUCCUAAGGCAGGCCAAGAAAAAGGCAGAGAUUCGAGUCAAAGAGGGCCGAGCAAAACCUAUCGAUUGGCUGGCUGUGACGCUUCGAGUCGUUGACCCUACGAGAACUGCCUUGGAUGAUGAAGUUGAAGAGAACGACCUUGAGUUUAUGGACCCAAACAGCGUCUUUGAUGGGCUCUCCGAACCACAGCUUUCUGAUCUCCGCAAGGAUAUCGACACCUAUAUGAACUUGGAGACAAAUAGGAAGAACAGAGAUUACUGGCGUACGAUGCAGAUUAUUUGCAAGGACAGACAGAAAAAACUGCGAGCAUUAGGACCUGAGGGAAGGGCAGUGAGUUCUGUCGCGUCUGAUAUCGACAGACUUUUGGGCCCAAAGACGUAUGAGCAGCUGGAAGUUUUGGAAGGCCAAAUACGGACGAAACUGGAGUCAAAUGAGCCAAUUGACACAGAUUAUUGGCAGCAACUGCUUGACAGCUUAUUGGUCUGGAAGGCCAAGGCAACGCUCAAGAAGCUCUAUCAAGAUGUUCUUGAUUCGCGAUUGAAGCAACUGAGGAAAGAGAAUGAGCUGAUAGCACAUCAAGUUCAGCAGCAGCUGAGCAAUGCCACUACGCAAGCACCGGAGCCCUUCAAAUACUCCAAAGAUCUGGACCCGGAUCCGUUACUGGAAAUUCCGUCGAAAGAUAAGGGCUUGGAGGUUUUCGACGAAAACACAUUUCUACAAAAUGUUGCCGCAAGCAGACGGAAAGUCCUUCAGAUGGGCUAUGUGCCGGCGCCAAAGACAACAACUGCGACCGCUCCGAAGAUAUCAUCUCAGCCUCGUCUGUCAGGACAAUCUCAACCCCCCGAUCCGACAAGCCGUUUUGACCACACUUCUUCCGCCGACGACUCUUCCACCACCAAAGCACUCUUCGACCGUGACGUCGCCAAAGGCGUCAAUGAGGAUGAGGAGAUCUUCGCCGGUGAAGAAGAAGUGCCCACCACAUCACCAGACUCCAAACCGCUCUGGAGCGGCAAAUACCGGCCCCGGAAACCGAAAUACUUCAACCGCGUACAAAUGGGCUACGAAUGGAACAAAUACAAUCAAACACAUUACGACCACGACAAACCCCCUCCAAAAGUCGUCCAGGGCUAUAAAUUCCACAUUUUCUACCCAGACCUGAUCGACCCGACCAAGGCGCCUACCUACAAAAUUAUACGCGAGGGCGGGCGGAAAAAGGGCCAAACCAUGGCUCCUGCGGGUGAAGAAGAUACGUGUAUCAUUCGCUUCAUGUCGGGUCCGCCAUAUGAAGAUAUCGCGUUUCGCAUCGUCGAUCGCGAUUGGGAUUACUCGGCCAAACACGACAGGGGGUUCAAGAGUACGUUUGAGCGAGGCAUUUUGACACUGCAUUUUAGUUUCAAGAGGAUUGUUUACCGGAAAUAA